AUGGGUCAAGUUAUUUCAAAUUACUCCGAACAAACUGUCGAAGCUAGGUAUCAGAAUUAUCGCAGGUUAGCUGGAGAACAAGCAAGAAUCCGCAAACAAAUAUCUGAGCAAGCUCAGGCUGCUUAUAGAAAUGGAAAUGGAAGAAAAGCCAAGGAAUUAUCGAAUAAGGCAAAAGAGCAUUACAAGGAAAUGGAAAAGUAUAAUAAAAUGGCAGCUGAAUUUAUUUAUCGAGAAAACAACAAAAAUCGAAGUUAUCAAGAACUGGACCUGCAUGGUCUCUUUGUCACAGAAGCGUUAGAAUACACAGAACAACGCAUACAAUACUGUAAAUCAAUGAAAGCUAAAAAUUUAGUGAUUAUAGUCGGCAAGGGAAAUCAUUCAAUUGGCGGAGUUUCAAAAUUAAAACCUGCAGUUGCAGAAUUAAUUAACAAAUAUCAGAUUCGGUGUACGCCGAAUAGACCUAACCCCGGUUGUUUGUUUCUAGAGUUUGAUCAAGGAAAAGGAGAUUUAUCGUGGUUCGAUCGAUUGUUUG